UUCUUUUACUGUACAAAAAGAAUCUAGUACAAGAAAAAUCAAUCAGAAGCUUCAGACCACAUUUCUUUUUUUCGAAGCCUUCAAAAGCAUUAGAUUGGUUUUGUUGUAACACAGACAAAUCCCACCACCCACCAAAACCUCGCUACUUGCAGAUUCAGCAUUGACCAUGGAACAAAAAGAGAAGAAGAAGAAGAUCAAGAAGCAAAAACACCAGCACCCAAAUGGCCAAUCCACCAAACCGACCUCAGACUUAUCUUUCAAGCCGAGCUCCGACGUCAAGGGCCUCCGGUUCGGCGGCCAGUUCAUCGUAAAAUCCUUCACGAUCCGGCGGGCUAGGUCUCUUGAACUACUUCGACUUCUUUCUUUUCCACCAACGAUUAAUACCAAACCCAAUAACAACAACAAUAAACUCCCAUUUCCUUCAACCACUACCUUCUUGCCCACCAACUUCACCAUCUUGGCACACCAUGCCUGGCACACCCUCACGCUAGGCCUUGGAACGAAGAAAUCCAAAGUUCUUGUAUUCGUCUUCGAAACGGAGACAAUGAAGACGGCUAUUGACCGCGUUUGGCCAUCGGAGAUACCGCUCGGAGAAGUGAACAAAAGGCUUAUCAGGGGGUUGACUGGGUGCGAGAUGGCAAGGUUUAAAUUUAGAAAGGGCUGCAUAACCUUUUAUGUGUAUGCGGUUCGACAAGUGGGCUGCUUCGGCUUCUCCUGCGCUGAGGAUCUGAGGACGAUAUUACAGUCCGUGCUUGAGCUCAAUGAUUUCUUCGAUCAUACUGCCAUGCUUGCCAUGCCCAACCAAAGAAGCAUCAGUUUUGCGCCGCCGGUGGCCAUGGCAGCUCACUAGGCAAAAUUUCUAAUUUUUCUACUUCAUCAAUAUCGCCAAUCGUCAUCACUAGUAUUGAUUUCUUUAACUUUAGUUCGACCUUUUUUGGAAUUUUUCGUGCUGGGAUUAUGACGAGGGAUUGCUUUGUUUUUAUUAGAGAUCGUGUAAUUGCUUCUACCUUUAUUUUCUAGCUCUCUGAUAAAAAAAUUUCGAUCUGUAAUUUAGCAUCAUGAAUAAAUUGUAUUUCUGUUUCAUGAAAUUAGAGUCUCUUGUAUGUUGAUAUA